AUGUCGAGUCGACAAAUACGUCGGCUGCAUCACCUGAUAAAGUCCUCUACGGGAAUCGAUGAUGAAACUCCAGAGGAUAUUAGCAUUGGCGCUAUGAAGCCUACUGCAUCUUCGAAAGAUAGACGUCGGAGGAACGGGCCCCAGUCAGAGAAAGGAGGCAGCACAAGUGCUGCUCCUCUGGAAAAUAAAACGGAAACCAACAGCAAUGCUGUGCAAUCUCCCAUCACUUCUGAAUCUCGCCGGAUUACAAAGGAUAAUUUUCACCGAGCUACAAAGUGCCCCUCGGAGCGCGCAACGGACCCCAAAGCCGGCGAUCAUAAGGAAAGAAUGCGCCCAAUUGAAGGUAGCACGAAUGCAUCAUCAAUUGACCGUGGCAACCCAGCCUUGCUCAGUGGUGUUGAGUAUUCACCGGUUGGAAUGACUCACUCACAAGACUGCAACGCUAAAAGAUGGUCCAAGGGCUCAAAAAAGACAAAAAGAGAUGUCGAAGAGGAAAUCCUGCUGGAAGCUGUCCUGCGGGAGCGCAACAGGGCUCAGGGGGAGACUGGCGACAUGGCCAUCGCGGGACCGCACCAGCCGGAGAUCUGCUUAGGAGUCCUGAUGUUACUGUGUGAACCAGAACACUUGGACAUGCGGCUUGAACGCAUCCGAAACUUUGGCGUGGAGGCUGUCGAGGAUGUUGGCGACGGUUCAACGAUGUUGCGGCCACACGGGCGUCUGCGCAAUAGCAGCUCCGUCUCUCUUUUUCCCGAACAUCAUAUGAAAUUAAGCUUCCGGCAUAGUGUCUUCGCAACGCCGAGUAAGUACCGAUGGCCCCCCUUCGACUCGCUAGGUAUCCAAAUGGUCGUUGCUAACACUCAUCCUAAGGAUGCUCAUAGUCGUGAAAAUACUAUAAACCGUAAUAGAAGCUCGAGCAGCGCUGCGCCAACUUUAUAUCGCCUGAAUUGUGACUCUACACUAUUCAAACAGGCUGAAGACGCGCGAUUGGCAUGCGAAGCGCGGAUAGGUAAUCCGCAGGAUCUUAUAAACUGCUUGAAUCGGGGUCCCUAUCACAUCCCUACGCUCCUGCAGCUCUACGCUACGUUCCGUGCAUUGGGUAACACUGUGCGAGCGAGCGAGAUGGUGGACUUGGCGCUCUAUCAUGUCGGUGUGCUUCUAUCGCGCUUUCCAAUAGCUGAAACCUGGUGCAAACGCCUGGUGCCAUAUGGCUAUCGAGAGAACCGCAUCCUUUUUCAGACCCUUCAAUGCGGAGUACACGUGGCCCUACAGCGUGGUUGUGCCCGUACGGCAUGGGAGUUAUCUCGCUUUCUGCUCUCUCUCGACCCUCGUGAUCCGUGCGGAAUGAUGUUAAUGAUGGAUUACUUGGCGUUGCGCGCGAAGCGUUGGGUGUGGCUGGUUGAAGUUCAUCAAGCCACCCUCACGUUGGUUGACAAUUUAUCCCUGGUAAACGAAAACACUGUUAAGGUGGGGGAGGAACGAGGAGUUGCUAGUUCAAGGAGGGAGAAACAGCAGAACUCGUCUCUGACGCCGUAUAACAACGCCCAGAUCGAUCUAUAUCUCGCUCGCCGGGUCUCCACACUUCCCAGCUUCGCCUUUAGUGCAGCGCUCGCGAAGUACUUUCUAGAGCGUGAUAUGGAGCAGCAUCGGAUGGCGUCCCUCGAGCAAAACUCCGUGUCGAUCAACACCAACCUUUCCAUGCGCGCUGGAAGUCGGCCCCUAAAGCAGCCCCAGUCAAGAAUCCUGCGUGAUAUUACCCCCUCCCAGCGUGCGAUGCUGGAGGCCGCCACCCCAGCAACUGUAAUGCUAGCGCAAGCGAUUGUACAUUUUCCUGGCGCGGCUGUAGAGCUUGUAGAACGCCUCCAGGGCGUGGACGCGAUAUGCAAAGGUUCCACAGUAGAUCCAGUCUGGCAGGAUGAAAUCCUAGCUCUGGCGGCCGGCGAAGAGAAGCAGUCUGCAGAUCAGGAGGAUGUGACGCCUUAUCUUCGCAGCCAACUAAAUCAUUUCUUCGUUUCCCGCCAUGCUGACCUCUGGAAGUCUGCGGAACCAAUGAAAUUUCUGCGCUGCGUGCUAGGGCUCUCAGUGCAUGGCAGUGGGGAGGGAUCUUGCUGCACUGGAGCCGAGGGAGUGCAGACGCCCCUCGCCACCGCGCUUGCUGAACUUAAACGCUCUCAGCACCGAUAUCCGAAGGACAAGGAGAUAGAAGAAUUGUACCUUGCACUCCGUGAGGAGGAUAUCAUGGGCAUGGAUAGUAAUACAGCGAUCCCUCAGGAGCUCCUCGACAUAGGUGCUUUGGAUCCCAACGAAGAUGCCAUGAUACCGCAGCUGAUGGAACAGGAAGAUAACGAUGAAGUGCUGGAACAUCCUCAUGGUGAAGAUGGUAGCCACUCCCGCGGGGAAACCCUCCCUUCGCAGCAAGAGAAUAUCUUGCAGCUCUUUAUGCGGACUUUAUUUCGGUGGCAUAGCAUGGAUGAUGUGGUUCUACAGCAGGAGUCGCGGGGUGCUGAGGGAGCGGGUUCUAACAUUGCAGGUUCAAGUGAGGAAGAUGAUUGGGAGGAUUUGGAGGAGUAG